CGUAAGUAGACAGGACUUUUACUUUGGCCUGGCGUUAAGACGUCAUAAGGCAGCGCCGCUCUCAUCUGGCUCAACAGAGGGGGAAAAAACUGCUGCUGAAACAACUGAGAUCAGCUGCCAUCUGUUAUUAAUAUGGUGUUUAUUAAAGAAGAGAGUGAAGACAUGAGCAUUUCAGAGCCAUUUCGAGUGAAACGUGAAGAUACUGAGGAACAAACAGCUGUUACCUUACUCAUUGCAAUUCCAAUUAAAUCCAAACACCUAAUGCCGCUUAAAGAGGAGAUUCAAGAACUAAAUGAAAUGGAGGAGAAAGAGCAGUAUGAGAAACAUGAUUUCAUAACUGGUGAAAAACUUGGCUUGCAGACUGAAAAGUCACAAAAACUAGUGCAGGAGACAGAUUCUGAAAGUUAUUUCACCUGCCAUCAGUGUGGAAGCGUUUUCGGUUCUGCAGGAAGCCUUAAAGUCCACAUGCGAAUUCACAAUGGAGAGAAUCCUUUCACAUGUGAUCAGUGUGGAAAGAGUUACACUCGAAGCAAGACCUUAAAGGAUCACAUGAGGAUUCACACCGGAGAGAAUCCUUUCACAUGUGAUCAGUGUGGAAAGAAUUUCAUACGUAAAGACACCUUUAAUUUACACGUAAGAAUUCACUCAAGAGAGGACUGCUUUAUAUGUCAUCAGUGUGGAAAAAGUUUCAUGUCUUUAGAAGACCUUAACAAGCAUGUGAUAAUUCACUCUGGAGAGAAGCCCUUCAAGUGCCAGCAAUGUGGAAAGGGGUUCCAAAUAAAUAAGGUCCUCAAGAGACACAUGAUAUCUCAUACUGAGGAGAAGCUUUUUAAGUGCCAUCAGUGUGGAAAGUGUUUAAAACAUGAAGAAUCUCUGAAUUACCACAUGAAACUUCACACUGGAGAAAGACGUUUCACCUGCCCUCAAUGUGGAAAGGGUUUCAUACACAAAGGACACCUUAAUGAUCACAUGAGGAUUCACAUGAGAGAGAACAGUUUAAAAUGCCGUCAAUGUGGAAUGAGUUUCACAGACAAAAAACUACUGAAAAUGCAUGAAAAUACUCACACCAAAGAGAGGCCUUUCUCCUGCUCUCAGUGUGGAAAGAGUUACACACUUAAAGGAAGCCUUAAGACUCACGUGAGGCUUCACACUGGAGAGAAGCCGUACACGUGUCUUCACUGUGAGGAGAGUUUCGUUUAUCAAGGACAGCUGAAAAGUCAUUUGCAAACUCAUUCUUGAGAGAAAUUGCAGUGUUCUGAAUGUGGCAAGAAGUUUACAAAAAAAGAGCAAUUUUAAAAACCAUGUCCGCAUUCACUCUGGACUAAGGCCGUUUAAUUGUGAUCAAUGUAAUAAAAAAUUACUUUUGUCAUCACACUUAAAGAUACACCUGAAAAGUCAUGCAGACAAGAGACUAUUUGUGUGGGAAGAAAUUUGAAUGGCUCUGUAAUUUGAGAUUGCACAAGAGAUUUCAUAUCCAUGUGAAACCUAUGACCAGAGCAAGCUACUUAAAAUGAAAGCAACAAAUCCAUACUGGAAAAAAAGCCUGAUAAGUUUCAGCUUCAUGAAAGGUGACUUGUGGUGGUUGUGUUAUGGUGCCUUAAUUGUGUUAUGCAAAGCUGCUGCUUUUUGUUUCUUGUCCCAAGUCACUGUAAUAAACAUUAAUACU